GUAAAACAAUAUGGGAAAUGGUUGACAGCUUUGUAAACACUUAAAAUUUAGAAGUAGGCCUACCUGCCUUAAUUUGUAUGCUUGCGUAUAUAUCUAACAACGUUUUCUCUGUGUACGAGGAUAACUCAAGAUUAUCUCCAAAGCUGCUAAGUUUUCGUCGAAGUAUGAAUUCACAUCCUAAUGCGCCACAUUGGAGAAAACUCUAUCUGAGCAGGGCAAAGUUAAAAGCUUCCAGCAAUACAUCGGCUUUGUUAUCGGGAUUUGCAAUGGUAGCCCUUGUGGAGAUUGGAAUUGAAAGUGAUGUACCUUCAGGACUUGUUAUAGCAUUCAGUGUGUGCACCACUUUACUGGUGUCUGUUCAUUUGCUAGCAUUGAUGGUGAGCACUUGCAUUUUACCCCACAUUGAAGCUGUUAGUAAUGUUCAUAACGUCAACUCCGUCAAAGAGUCUCCUCAUGAAAAAAUGCAGCUCUUCAUUCAGAUGGCAUGGGCUUUUUCUACGGGACUUGGCAUCAUGUUAUUCUUAGCGGAAAUAGUGUUGAUAUGUUGGGUGAAGUUUAACACAGUAAAAGUGGGACACAAUGUGGCAGCUGCCUGGGCCUCCACAGGCAUCGUUAUACCUGUUGGAAUAGUAUUCUUGGUUUUUGCUUUUCAUUUUUAUAAGAAACUGAUUGCACAUAAAUUUGACAAUCACGAGAGGGAUUUAGCUGCUCUGGGCAGAAUGGCAGAGGAGAUUGAUAUGAAUCACAGCAUUAUGGAUGUGUAAACUUUGAAAGCUAUGCUUGAGGAUUAAAUUUGGUGCUUUUUACAUCCACAUUUUGGGAAUUUUCCAAUUAUUUGUUAGAUUAUUGAGCAAUUAUUUUAAUAUACAUGUAAUUUAUUUAAAAACAAAUCACCUUGUAAAACAAACAUCUCAUUUCAACAGACACUUGAACCAAUAUGUGCAUUUAGUGCUGAAAUUUUGUAAAGAAUCUCUUGCACGUUCUUAAGAAAAUAUUACACCUUUAAGUUAAUGAGAUACCUGUUUGUAGAAAGGAAAGUUUUUAUUUAACGAAGAAUGAGUUUUGUUUUUUUAAUAAGUCUGUUAGAAGGUUUGAAGAUUUUUAAGUAGCUUUGUUGACAUUUCCUGACAAUACACACGGUACGGUUCUUAAUUUCUUACUCAACUGAGCCUAAUCUCAAGUGGGCUUUCCUGAUUAAAGUUUGUCAUUUGUCUAUGUAAGUUUCUUUGAUCAGCAUUACUUUUCAGAUUUAACUUGUUUCAAAUGGCUUCAUGCACAGUAUCAAAACAUGUCACAAAUUUUCUUUUGGUUAUAAUGAAAUGUUUUUCUGAGCUAUCAUGUCACAUAUAAGGUGGCUGUAUAGCAAAAGAGAUACAUGUACACGAAAAAAAAAAGGUGACACUUUUUUUGACUUGUUGAUGAAUAAUGGAUGCAUUCCAUAUAGGAAUUGGGAGAAGCUUUGAAGGAAUUGAGUGCACACCUCAACUAAGAUUUACCGAGGAGUCCAUUUUAAAAAAAAAAAUGUGCUAUCACUUUGGAAAAAGCUGAAAAGGGGGGGUGUAUUUUGAGCAAAUUUUAGUUUGCACAUAACAUUACCACUACGCAACAUUUUAGUUAUACAGUUAAUAGCAACAACACCCCCACCCCACUCCAACUCCCCCCACCCCACCCCCAGGAUUUGUUGUUACACCCCGCUAUCUGACUUUUUGUACAUUUUAUACAAUAGGUCUAUUUUUUUUUAAAAGGAUAGGGCAGAUGACAUUUUUGAGGGAGGCAGAGUGCCUCUGGGCAUACUGUAUAAUUGUGCACAUUUGAGGCCAUGGGCAAAAUGGUAGCAGACCUGUAGUGUAUAUUUCUGUUGUAUAACGAUCACAACCUGUGAUUAAAGUGGUUGUUGUCUUUAUCAUCUUCUGUAUGAUUUGUCUAUUAACUUCAUAAUUGUUUUUCAUGAAGUUGAAAUUUCACACUUUCUCAUUUACAUGUGUGUUUGAGAUUUAUAAGUUUAAAAAUUCCUAUGUUACUCGGGUGAGCUUCAUGGACCUAAGUCUUCUUGCUCCAUCUGAUACUUUUUAUUCCUUUUGAGUGUUUUCAAUCAGUAAAACAAAAUUUAAUUAUAUUAAUAUAAGAUUUAUAUAAAAUGGUGCUAUUUAUAUGCAAAAGAAAUAUAUUUGAUUAAUUUGGAUUGCCUUGAGAGGUGAUCUCUUGUAUGUGAAUUAAUGAUGUAAAAUCUUGCCUGUUCAAAAAUCAUCCAUUAGUAUAAACUAUAUAUAUUAUUUAUUUCGUUUUCAUGAGAGGCUUUCCAACAAUGAAGGGUCCAUCUACAUACUCCAGGGACCUGCUUCACAAAAAUCUGCUCUCAAUCAACUGCUCUGCAUUUUAAAUGCGUGUUAUUUUUUUUCCUUUAAAGAAUAUGAGAAUUAUUUUCUUAGCUCAUUCACAGCAUUAAACCUAAUGCGCUGAAUUUGCUGCAUGAUUUGGUGUGUGGUUUCAAUUUUUUUUUUAUGUGAAACAGGCCUAAUAGUUUCUAUGUAUAGGACAUCGUAAGUUUUAUGGAUCGUGUCAGCAUCGUUUUUAUAACUGUUUAUAAUUCCUCCUGUUUGCUGCUCACAUUAUUGAUCAUUCCUAGAUGAUGAUAUAAAUUUUCAUGUUGUAUUUGUCAAUGUUUAUGCAAAUAAAUUGUUAUUUGAUAUCAUA